GCAGCAUGAGUACUACUACUUGCUACUCUGCGCCAGCAGCCGUCGUCCCCGGCGCCGGCGGUGAAGUGGCGGUGGUUACUGCAGUGGCAUCGGAAGCCGGAGCAGCAGCAGCUCAUGACCAGUCGAGGAAGAAGAAGAACAACCACCGGAGCCUGUACGCCAACCUACCUGCAGCCGAGAUCAUCGACUCGCUGCCCCUGGAGACACGGUUCCCGGUGCCCCAUCGCCUGUACGGGGGCUUCUGGAAAGCCGAGUUCUUGCUCAAGGGCAUGGCAGCCGCUGCCGCUCGCACCACGUCGUGCUUCGAGUUCGAGCCAAACCCAUCGGACAUCUUCCUCGCCAGCUUGCCCAAGUCCGGCACCACCUGGCUCAAGGCCCUGGCCUUCGCGACGCUCAACCGCCGCACGCACCCACCGUCCAACGCCGACGGCCAGCACCCGUUCAGCCACCGCAACCCCCACGACUGUGUCAGCUUCCUGGAGCUCAUGAUGAUCCAGGGCGUCGACGCCGCCGCCGCCGACGACGACGACGCCGACGACGCCGGAGCUCCACGGCUGAUCGCCACGCACUUGCCCUGGUCAUGGCUUCCCCCUGCCAUCACGGCGGGGGAAGGACAAGGAGGCGGCUCCUCCUCCCGGGGCCGGGGGUGCCGGAUCGUGUACGUGUGCCGGGAACCCAAGGACGUGCUGGUCUCCUACUGGACCUUCAGCGUCAAGGCGGCAGCCAAGUUCGCCGCCGCCGCUGCCGCCGGUGGCGAUGAUGAUGGCGGCGGCGGCCGGGAGUCUGCAGCAGCAAGCCUGACGACGAGUUUCGAGGAGGCUUUCGAGCUCUUCUGCGAGGGACGGUUCCCCGGCGGCCCACACUGGCUCCACGCGCUGGAAUUCUGGCGUGAGAGCCAGAGGAGGCCCGACGAGGUGCUGUUCCUCAGGUACGAGGACAUGCUGAGAGAUCCGGUAGGGAACCUGAGGAAGCUCGCGGCGUUCAUGGGGUGCCCGUUCUCGGCGGAGGAGGAGACGGCCGGCGGCGGCGGCGGGGUGGUGGAUCAGAUCGUGGAGCUCUGCAGCUUGGAGAACCUCAAGAGCAUGGACGUGAACAAGAACGGGACUACGACAGUGCUCGGGGUCACCAACGACGCGUUCUUCAGGAAGGGCAAGGUCGGUGACUGGAAAAACUACAUGACGCCGGACAUGGCGGCCAGGCUGGAUAAGGUUGUUGAGGAGGCCACUCGAGGUUCUGGGCUCACCUUUGCCGACUCCAUAUCCGUGUAAUUAGUAAAUAAGCUUUCACACACACACACCAUCUUUUUAAUUAAUGGAGGUGACCAUGCAUGUAUCGAGGUUCUGGACUCGGCGCUUUGCAUACGGCCAGGAGCUAGGGCUUCUUCCGAUGCAUGGAGGUGACCUUUCCAUAGACGACAGCGAGCUAGCGCAGGCACAUAGUCUACUCCAGUAUGAUAAGUGUGAAUGUUGUGGU